AUGGGAUUCACAACUUUCCUCGGCUCCUCCACCGACAAAAUUCAGUCCAACCGACUCAAACCCUCGUCUUCGUCCACCUCGCUUGACAAAUCCGCCGAUACCGUACCCCCACAGACACCCGACGCCAGCUCCAGCUCCGGCUCGAACUCCCAUCAUGGCUACAUUUACGACGAAUCCCAGCUGUCUGAUGUUCCUCCCGACUGCCCCGAUCUCCGCGAGCUCAACAACAGCCUCGAGGCGCUCGCCGCCGUCUUUCCCGAUGUCCAAAUUCAGGUCUUCCGCGAGAUGCUGACGAACUUUGAGGAAGAAUCACGCUUGGCGGUUGUUGCUGACGCUCUGUUGAAAAAUCGUGUUUCUUGGGUCAAAGGUCGUUGGAGAGUGGUAGACGACCAACGCCCCGGAACCUCGGGUGCGAGCGGAGAACGGCUGGAGGAGCACGAGGAGUUUCCGAUCCCACGCGUCGAGGCCUUUCGAAGCCCUGAGUACAAGCACGCUGUUCAAGCGCUAGCGUGGCACGAGUUCAAGGGUCUUUCGCGCUCCACCAUCAACGCCGUCCUUGCCGAGUCCAACUAUUCAUAUCUCGAAGCACGCAAGAUCCUUGUGUCUCUCUCAUCAAAGUCUUGGCGCUUCACAAUCUCAUCUCUAUUCCUCCGCCGGAAACCCGUGGCUACAGGCGAAGCCGAGAACCACCCAUUGAUAGUCUGGAAGUCGACCGGUCAAGGUGCCAUCCUGCCGACGCUUAAGGCCACAGGAAACUCAGAGCUUGACAUUGAGUUGUACCGUGAUCUGGUUCAACCACUGAAAGAGCGGGUCAGGCAGACACAGCAAGACGAUGACCGAGGCCUGGCUGUUCUCCUGAACAACGAGCAGGCCGAAGAGGCUGGUGCAAUGCAUGAAUGUGCAUGCUGCUUCACCGAAUCCACCUUUGAGGAGUUUACAACCUGCAACACUGAUGGCCACAUGUUGUGUUUCCGCUGUGUCCGGCACUCAAUCACAGAGGCUGUUUUUGGCCAGGGCUGGCAUCGCAGCAUCGACACAGAUCAUGGCACCCUCAGGUGCCUGGCUGUCGAAGGGAACGGUUGUCCAGGGCACAUACCCUCCAGCCAUGUACACCGCGCCAUGCUGGAGGAGAAGAAGGGCGCCGAGAUCCUUCGCAAGCUCGACCAGCGUUUGGCUGAAAACAGCCUUCUGGCAUCCAGUCUGCCCCUCAUCCGGUGUCCGUUCUGCAACUAUGCCGAAGUGGACGACAUAUAUCUCCCUGCCCAGGAAACACAGUUACGCGUCAGACUCGACAGUCUCUUCAGCCUCGUCCUGCUUGCUGUGUGCAUCGCCAUGAUGCCUUUCCUCCUUCCUGUGGUUCUACUAGCGUCUUUUGUUUGCAUCCUCGUUAGCACGAAGCAGACACUCGGUGACCGUUUAAUUGUCCACUGGCAUCUGGCCCUUGGCCGUCACCGCCGACGCCGCCGUGGUCUCAGGUUCACCUGCCAGGAUCCCGAUUGCAGGAAGAGCUCGUGCCUUUCUUGCACCAAGCCCUGGAAGGACGUUCACGUGUGCAACGAGUCAUCUUUGGUUGCGCUGAGAACGCAGGUCGAGCAGGCGAUGAGUAUGGCCAUCAAGCGUGUUUGUCCGCGGUGUCACACGUCGUUCGUCAAGAACUCGGGCUGCAACAAGCUUACGUGUCCCUGUGGCUACAAGAUGUGUUACGUCUGCCGCAAGGACAUUGGCGGUGCCAAUGGAGAGGGCGAGGGGUACAGGCAUUUCUGCGACCACUUCAGGCCGGAUGGGGACCCGCGGCCGUGCACCGAGUGCACUAGAUGCAAUCUGUGGGAGAGCGAAGACACGGACUCGGUGCUAAGGCAAGCCAAAGAGGAGGCCGAGGCCAAGUGGCGCGAGACGGAGAAGCGAGAGCUCAACGGGGCCGAAAAGGCCUUCUUGGAGACGGGCUUCGCGAGGAACGGGGUCUCGCCGGUCGAGAAUCGUCUCAAGAACGGACAGCUGCCGACGCUGCCAGAGCUCUGCGAUUUUGUCGUGGAGACAAUAUUUGUGUGA